AUGCCACCCCAGGACGAUGCUAGGGAAUGCGGUGCGUGCGACGAACCGAAUUCCGCCAACGUCGGCAUGGUGGCCUGCGAUGGGUGCAGUGUAUGGUACCACUACACUUGUGCCAAGGUGUCCCCGGGAGUCCAACAGCGGUCGUGGAGAUGCAGUAAGUGCCUGCCCGAACCGCCUUCGGAAGUCACCGGAGCCAAGAAGAAAGGAGGUAAGAAACAAACGGCUAACUUGACUGUCCUCGGUGCUACAUCGAGUGAGAUACCGAAGUCGAGCACCGCCAACCAGAAGAAGACUUCGGAGAAAUCGAAAAACUCCGACAAAUCGAAGACCUUGUUCGUUCCUGAUCCUGCGGCGAGUGGUAACGCCACUCCGAAGAAGCAUCCAGAGGUUCCUGCCUUCGAUAAGUCGAGCCACGGGGAGAUGAGAUCUUCCAAAUCCAGCACUUCUACCGCCAGAGCUCGAGCGCAAUUGGCAUUGCAGCGAUUGGAAGACGAGCGAUUGCUGGAGGAGCAGAAGUUGAGGGAAGAGCGGGCACGAUUAGAGGAAGAACGGAUCCGUCUGGAGAAGGAGAGGCAGCUGAAGGAACAGGAGCACGCCAUUAAGGCCAAGGAGCUCGCGAUGCAGGAGAAGUACCUGCGCGACAAAUUCGAGCUGGAGGAACAGAUUGCUGAUGACGAGAGCAGCAAAUCAAGCGUCUUCAGUCGCAAGGACAGGACCAAGGCUUGGUUGACAAGCCAGCACGGUAUGAGUCACCGGGACGACAAAAGCGCGACACAGUUCUCGGAGUGGCCUAACGCAGCGAACGAUUUGGCGGAACCGGAUCGCUUCCGGCCGCUAGCAGAUGAGAUAGCCGAUCGACAGCAGUUAGAGCCACGAUUCAUCCCAGAAGCGAUUCCGGAUCAUCAUAUCCGUGCCAACAGUGCGCGAGUUAGGAAUAUCCCUUCGGAACCCGUCGGAAGCGCGGCUAGAUCGAAUGCCAGCCUGGCGCCGUCUUUGCGAGGGGUUGAGCGCGCGGCGAUAGGAUCGAACCCAGGUUCCCACGGGGCGGGGCCGAACAGCGACCAAGUAGCCGCGAGACAAAUCUGGCCGAAGAAGUUACCCACUUUUUCGGGCGACCCGGAAGAGUGGCCUAUAUUUGUCCACAGCUUCGAGACAGCCAACAUUGCGUGCGGUUUCACGGACGUGGAAAAUAUAAUUCGCUUGCGAGAGUGCUUGCGCGGGCCAGCGCGAGACGCCGUCGUUACGAAACUGAUGUUUCCCCAAAGCGUUAACGCGAUUAUGGAAACGCUACGACGGUUGUACGGGAGACCAGAGCUGCUGGUGAAGAAUCUGCUGAGCAAGGUGCGUCGGGCCGAGGCACCAAAACCGGAACGAUUGGAGUCGCUGAUCAACUUUGGCCUAACGGUGCAACAGCUAUGCGAUCACCUGGAGGCCGCGAAUCUCAGUGGCCAUCUGUCCAACCCUACGCUGCUCGGCGAACUAGUGGAGAAGCUGCCAGCGUCGAACAAGCUCGAGUGGGCAAGAUUCAAGCGAGGGUAUGCGGAACCGACCCUAAAACAUUUCGGAGUGUUCAUGGAAGAACUGGUGUACGACGCCAGCGAAGUUACGUCACCGAUCCCACAGAAGGCAGCGGUUGGGAGAGCCGAAAGGGACAAGCCGAAAGAGAAGGGGCAUGUGUACGCCCACGAAGAGGUAGCCGAGGUGCAGAGACGCGAUGAAGAAAGGCAACCCUGUCCGAUAUGCGGUAAAACAGACCAUCGUGUGCGGAACUGCGAACGUUUCCAGCAGCUGGGAUUGGAAGCUCGCCUGAAAGCCGUUCAUCAUUGGAAACUGUGCGAGGUUUGUCUGUUUGACCACGGCCAAUGGAGAUGUCGUUCGAGAAUCCGAUGCAACGUCGGGAACUGCCGAGACCGCCACCACCCACUUCUACAUCGUUCUGAUCGCGGUUCGAUACAGGAACAGCGUCAGCGACAACUUCGAGCGUCGGAAUGCAACGCUCAUGAGCGGCCGCAAAGAUCCGUACUGUUCAGAAUCAUACCGGUUAUGUUGUUCAACGGGAACCGCAGAUGUGAAACUUUCGCCUUUUUGGACGAAGGGUCCUCCUUGACGCUUAUUGAAGCAAGCUUAGCACGGCAGCUUGGAGCAGUUGGUGUUCCUGAACCCCUAGAGCUGAGAUGGACUUCGAGCGUGAAGAGGAAUGAGGAGAGCUCGCAGCGCGUGGACUUCGAAAUUUCCGGAAAAGGACUACCCCGCCGUUACGUGCUGAAGAAUGCGCACACCAUCGAAGAGUUGAACCUUCCGAGUCAGAGUUUGGCCUUCAACGAAGUAUCCGAGCGAUUCCCACAUCUCCGAAAUCUUCCUGUUUCUGCGUACUCCGAGGCCGCGCCUAGAAUUCUCCUAGGUUUGGAUAAUUUGAGUCUCUUCGCGCCCCUGGAUAGUUGCGUCGGCCGACCAGGCGAACCGAUCGCGGUGAAAUCUUUGCUAGGGUGGUCCGUCUAUGGCCCAGAUGAAAGCGCAAUAUCAAAACCAGCAUUUGUAAAUCUCCACGAGUGCAAUUGCGAUGCCGAUAGAGAAUUGAACGAUCUAGUUCGUCAGCAGUUCAUCCUGGAAGACAUGGCUGCUGCAACCACGCCCCCGCCAGAGUCCGCUGAUGAGAAACGUGCCCGCGAGAUAUUGGAAAAUACCACAAAAUUCGUUGAUGGAAAAUACGAAACCGCUCUUCUUUGGAAAGCCGACGAAAUCGACCUCCCAGAUAGCCUUCCCAUGGCGAUGAAACGCUUGCGGAGCUUCGAGGCCCAACUGGCGAAGGACCCAAGUCUCAGAGAAAGUGUGAACAAGCAAAUCGCGGACUACGUGCAGAAAGGCUACAUCCACAAGGCUACAGAAGAGGAGUUGAUGGAGAUCAACCGAAGGCAAGCGUGGUAUCUGCCUCUGGGCCUGGUUAUACAUCCGAAGAAGCAGAAGAAACGACUCGUGUGGGACGGGAAAGCGCAAGUGAAUGGAGUGUCCCUCAACUCACAACUAUUAAAAGGCCCCGACCUGCUAGUGUCGCUCCCUUCAGUGAUCUGCAAAUUCCGUGAGAAACCCGUUGCAUUUGGAGGCGAUAUCCGCGAAAUGUUUCUGCAGCUUCGAAUGAGGACAUCGGACAGAUACUUUCAGUGUUUCCUCUUCCGAUUUGAUUUGCAACAUCCUCCUGAAGUCUACAUCGCAGACGUAGCGAUGUUUGGCGUCACAUGCUCGCCAUGCGUCGCGCAGCACGUCCUACGAGUCAACGCUGACAAGUGGGCGGACGAGUUCCCGGUAGCUGCAGCGGCAAUCAAGGACAAGACGUAUAUGGACGACUACUACGACAGUGCUGACACCCCAGAAGAAGCAGCGGAGUUGGCUGUUCAAGUUAGGACCAUCCACGCCCGUGGCGGGUUCGAAAUGAGGAACUGGGUGAGCAACAGUGAGGAAGUGUUGGAGAAGCUCGGCGAACGCAACGAUCCAGAGCCACGUCUGCUACAGUCAACGACCGAGGCAAAAUGGGAACGAGUUCUUGGAAUGCUGUGGCACCCAGAGUCGGACUCUCUAACGUUUUCAACCGAGCUUGGCGAACAACUUCUUCAGUACGUGUCCGGAGGAAAGCGGCCGACAAAGCGAAUCGCUCUGAGGAUCAUAAUGAGUCUGUUUGAUCCUCUUGGUCUCCUGGCACCGUACCUCAUACAUGGACGCACCCUCAUUCAGGAUCUAUGGAGAAGUGGGGUGCAGUGGGACGAAGAAAUGGCAGACGAAGAAUUCGAGAAGUGGACACGCUGGGUGGAGUUACUACCGGGUAUCAGUGAGCUCAGUAUUCCACGUUGCUAUUUCGGUGAAGCAGAUCCUCUGUGCCGUCGAACGCUGCAGUGCCACGUGUUCACCGAUGCCAGUGAGGCUGGAUAUGGCUGUGCGGUGUACUUCCGGAUUACGGACCACUUAGAACGCGUGCGGUGCUCGUUGGUUAUGGCGAAAAGUAAAGUCGCCCCCCUGAAACAUCUCUCGAUUCCACGAUUGGAAUUGGAAGCGGCCGUGCUCGGGGCUAGAAUGUUGACCGCUGUUUUGACGAACCAUACCCUUCAACCUCGUGAGGUGUACCUUUGGACGGAUUCUUCCACGGUUCUCGCGUGGAUUCGUUCCGACCACAGGCGCUACAAACAAUUCGUCGCCCAUCGUAUCGGAGAACUUCUGUCUCUGACCCAAGCAGAAUGCUGGCGAUGGGUACCGUCUAAGCAGAAUGUAGCCGAUUGUUUGACAAAUUGGCCACAGCAGCGUGAGAAGCCGAAUACUACUGAAGAACUACGAUCGGCCUACUUACUCACUCACAUCAUGCUUCCGGUGGGAAUGAUAGACGCUGGUAGAUUUUCGAAGUGGAGUGUACUGCUACGGACCGUGGCAUGCGUUUACCGUUUUAUCAGUAACUGCCGAUUGCGCGUAUCUGGACGCCCAAUAGAAACCUUCCAAGCUACCAAAAAUCAAGCGAAACUGCUAAGAUCCGAAGUGGCCACCCGCAAGGUGCCACUGUCGCAAGAGGAGUUUCUACGAGCGGAGCAGUUUCUCUGGAGAAUGACGCAGGGUGAAUAUUAUCCGGACGAAGUGCGAACUCUGCUGAAGAACCGUGAUCAACCGAUAGGGAAAUGGAUAGCUCUAGAGAAAAGCAGUUCACUCUACAAAUUUUCACCCUUCGCUGACGAAUACGGCAUCAUUCGGAUGGAAGGGAGAACUGCCGAUGCCACUUAUGCUGGUUUCGACGCAAGAUUUCCGAUCAUUCUCCCAAAAGAGAGUGAGAUUACUCAACGCCUCUUGGACCACUACCAUCGUCGUUACGGACAUGCGAACAAAGAAACCGUCGUAAACGAAGUCCGUCAACGAUUUCAAAUUUCGCAUCUACGAUCGGCCGUAGAGAACAUUGCUCGCAGUUGCCAGUUCUGUAAAGUGAGCAAGUGCAAGCCCUUUCCUCCUCGUAUGGCUCCUCUUCCCGAGCAACGAUUGACGCCGAAUGUCCGACCUUUCAGCUACGUCGGUAUUGACUACAUGGGGCCGCUGGAGGUAACCGUCGGCCGGCGCAAAGAGAAAAGAUAUGUGGUAGUAUUCACGUGUCUAGUGGUACGAGCGGUUCACCUGGAAGUCUCUUACGAUCUUUCAAGCGAAUCCUGCAUCAUGUCAAUUCGAAGAUUCUCACGUAGACGUGGAUCACCGGUACAAAUAUUCUCCGACAAUGGCACCAACUUUGUCGGGGCUAAUCGCGAGCUGCAGCAACAGAUAAAGCAGAUCGAUCUGGAGUGCGCCGGUACCUUUACCGAUGCACGAACGAAAUGGACUUUCAAUCCCCCUUCCGCGCCACACAUGGGCGGAGUGUGGGAACGCAUGGUGCGGAGCGUCAAAGAGGCCAUGGCUACGUUGAAUGAUGGUCGGAGACUGACCGACGAAAUCUUGUGGACUACGUUAGUUGAAGUAGAGGGAUUGAUCAACUCACGGCCCCUCAUGUACAUGCCGCAAGACUUAGAUAAUCCCGAAGCGCUAACGCCGAAUCAUUUUAUCUUUGGAUGUUCGUCGGGUGCUCAUGAACCAAUGGAACCACCCGUGAAUCUGGAGCAGACUCUCCGAAGCAGUUUCCUUCGCUCUCAGCAGUUAGCGAACAUUGCAUGGGAGCGAUGGUCGAAGGAGUACUUCCCUACAAUCAAUAGAAGGACGAAGUGGCUGGACGAAGUGAAGUCCUUGAAGGUCGGCGACGUUGUAUACGUGGUAGAAGGCAAAAGAAGGUCAUGGGUUCGAGGCGUCGUGGAUGAAGUCAUUCCCGGUAAGGACGGCAGAAUACGGCAGGCGAUCGUUCGCACGUCGUCCGGUAAGUUGAAGCGACCUGUGGUAAAGUUGGCGGUAAUGGAGCUGGGUGAAUCUACGGGAGACCCUCCCCUCGAUUCACGGGGCGGGGGAUGUUCUGGCAGCACGGACGACGUUCAGCAUCACCGCCUCUAG